AUGAGUCCGGCCACGAUACCGAGUUCCACGACUGUCCUAGGCAAUGGCGGGGACAGUCCUGCAGCCAAGGGCCCUCCUCCCAGCUUCACAUUCGGUGCGGGCGGGAGUGGUGGUGGAGAUCGGAGACCCAAGCGUCCUCUGCCUCAUAUCGACGAUAUCACUUCGGCCAACAUUGACCUGGAUAGCUAUGCCCAUGCCCCAAUCGACAAAGUCCUUACUACGGGAGAGGAGUUCCUGCGGCAGGCCGAAACUUCGAGGAGCUUUGGGAGGCCGGAUCUUGCCCUAAGGGACUACAUCCAGGCAACCAUAAUCGUGGUCGAUGUCAUCAAAAAGAACAAGGACUGGGUGUCGCUACAAUCGGGCAACAAGACACUGUCAGAGAGAUACCUGCGCCUGAUGCGCCAAGUCAAUGCUUCUCACAAUAUCUAUGAGAAGAUCAAGGCAGAUAUCAAGGCUGAUAAUGUGAGAACCGGAGUUCAGCCAAGUGUCCAUCGCCCAGGGACGAUUAACCCGGCUGUCGCAAGCCGAGCUAAAGCCAACCCCUCGACGGAGCAUGGGGAGAAUGGUACAGGCAACGCCACGGAUGGGAGGCAGGGAAGGGACAGAGUGAGUGCCGACAAUGCCACAGGGAAGCUUUCAGCACUGACAACCUCAAAGGCCAAACCGGCUGUCCACCCAAAACCCCAGGCACUGCAUGGUAACACGGUCAGGCCUGACGGGGGAAAUCUCCCAACUAGAAAAGCAGUGCAAGACCUUGCAGAGCGCUUUUCCCAACUCCGCGCAGCCACAGGAUCUCCUGCCCAGGACCCCCGUAUCCGCACCCAGCCAAUUAUGGCCCGACCAGUGGGUGGGCGAGAAGAUGCAUCCCCCUCGCCCAGGACCAGUUUCGUUGGGGAGAAUGUGCUGCCCGACCUGCCCAAGAUGCCAGAUGCCAUUUACAGUCCCGCCAGAGGGACAGUCUCGAGCGAGGCAGCCGAGCUCCCCUCCAGCACCCCACGUGGCAUCUUUAGUCGAACGAACUCAACGGCCGCAGUCCCGAACGGUUCGAGCGCCAUGAAGUCACCCCCCCCUGACGACUACUUCGCAUCUCAUUCGCCAGAACCAACAGGGCUGCCAGCCAAACGUACCAAGCUCACCUUUCCAGAGGGUGAUACCUUAUCUGCUCAAGGACUCGUCGAGCUCAUGCGGUCGGGCUCCAAAGACAUAUCGAUUCUCCUGAUCGACAUUCGCAGUCGUUCAGAGUUCGAUGAUGGUCACAUCAUGUCGCAGGCAACGAUUUGCGUCGAGUCUGAGGUUCUUGUCCGAGAGAACAUAUCUGCAAACGAGAUUGCCGACAGCAUGAUACUGGCCCCUUCGGCCGAGCAACUCCACUUUGAGAGGCGACACGACUUCGACCUCGUGGUCUUCUAUGAUCAGGAUUCCACCCAGAUCAGCUGGAGAACCGAUACACCCUCCCAGCGAGCAAUUUCCGGGCUGUACAACGCCCUCAGUCACUAUGACUUCGCCAGGGACUCCGUCACGAGGCGACCUAAGCUGCUGGAGGGCGGUUUAGACGCCUGGACGAAUCUUAUGGGAGAGGUGUCCCUGCAGACGUCGUCGACCACCAUGAGGGCCAGGCCUUGGGCAAGCACCUCCUCCGUAGGCAGAGCGCCGAUUCAGCGGCUGAAGCCCAGGCAAAAGUUCGUCGCCAGGCCUAUCCAGGAUGCGGACGAGGCGAGGCGAUGGGAAGAGACGCUCAACAAUGUCGAGUCUUUUUCCCCCGUGAGGACGACGGGUGAUUUCCUGCGACGCUUCCCUCCUGUUUCGACAAUACAGGAAUCCAUGGUGGCGCCCGUCACGGCGGCCGUGAGGACGGAGGCUGGUGCGUUCGGCUACGGCUCGUCUCGGCAGGAGGAUCUCUUUCCAUCCUGGCCCGCACCGCCUCAGCGACCGGCUCCCACAGUCCCCCGCCCGAGCUACAGUGGUCUCGCUGAGACGGACAACAGGGGCGAGCUCAUGAGGGUUUUGAAGACAACAUCCAAGGCGGACGGCGACGGCGAGGUCAGACAAUUCGUGGGCCUUGUAAACCCGCGGAACUGGUGCUACGGCAAUAGCUCACUCCAAUCCCUAUUCGGCACGUCUGGGUUUGCCGACGAUCUCCGUACCGGAGACUGGCAAGACAAAUAUAAGGUCCCCAUCAAGGCGGGCGAGAAGAUCCAGCCUCCCCAGCUCCUGACGAAGAUGCUCGCGAACCUUUUCGACUGGAUGGCCAAGGGUAAAUUUCGAGCAAUGGAGGCAAGAACUCUCAUGGAAUAUCUUCGCCACAUCCACGGUAAAAAUAUCGACGGCACCGCCAAGGAAGCGGAGGAAGUCUUCGGCGGUGACUACCAGCAGGAUGCUCAAGAAUACUUCUCAUUCAUCAUCGACCAGCUUCAUGACGAGACCAACCGGCUCAGGGACAAGACGGAAAGACUGACUAACUACAGAGACAACGAUACGAGGUCUCUGCUGCAAAAUUCGAUCGAGUACUGGAAGGCAUACUCGGAACUACACGACUCGAUAGUGGACAAGUACUGGCGGGGGCUUUUGGUACUGGCCAACUCAUGUCCAGCGUGUGGCGACAGCUCCAUGAGUUUCCAGAUAUCGGACAUGACACCGCUCGCCAUCACCAAGCAGGAUCGAAGCUUGGAGUCAAUGCUUGCAACUUACACAGCUCUCUCGGCGCCCCCAGACUAUGUGUGCCAGAAGUGCAAAAAGAAGGGCUGCCGGCAAACCAAACUCGACUUUGCUCGUGUGCCGGAUCGACUUGCAGUUACCUUUCAGAGAUUCCAGAGUAACCCGCGCACGGGGGUCAUGACCAAACUCGCCCACGAGGUCUCGUUUCCGAUACAAGAUCUCGACCUAGGACCCUACUGUAUCGACGGAAAGGACCGGGCCAUCCAGGACGACAAGGAGGCUGAAACCGUGGCCAAAACGGACCGGCAUUUCUCAGGGCCAUUCGUGUAUGACUGCUACGCUGUCAUCUGCCACGUAGGGGCAAGCCUCACCGCUGGCCAUUACAUAGCCUAUGUGAAGGACGGGUCCAGCAAAGACCCGACAGACUGGGUCAAGUUCAACGACACCCUGGUCACCCAGGUCAAGGCCGGAACGGGCAAACCGGGGGACGAGCUGCAGAAGAUGUACAAGGACGGCACUCAGCAGGCUUAUAUGGUAUUUUACAAACGCAGGGGCACAUGAGCGAGCGCAAGCGGCACCAUCACGUUUUCGCAUUGCCGGUUUUCGAAGCUUGGUUCCUUCAUCCAACGUUUCAUCGGGGGGGGGGGGAUUGUGCCUGUCUUACGAUUGGUGUGUGUGUGUGUGUGUGUGUGUGUAUGUUUGUUUUUUUUUUUUUUUGGUAUUGUUUAGCUAGCAUGGUUAUCAUGGCAUUUGCAUCUCGUGCGGGAGGAAGGGCGUCAGUUUCGCAUAGCAACGGAGACGUUGGGAGUUUUGGGGCGUGCAUAGGAGGAUGACAUCACGGGCUGGGGGGUUUCUGCACAGCUAGCUUCCGUUAUAUUAGCAAGGCAUUGAUUGGUACACACAUUGACCCUGGUUUAGGUACAUACUUCGGCCUUGCAAUUGAUUUGAAAACAUGGUCCAUACAAUUAUCGAGCCAAGAAUACUUUCUGACGGGGAUGGACCCUUACAAGGUACAGUAUCUACGUAUUGUUGGUGUAUAUUUAGCUCCCGUAGCCAC